AUGGCUCUGUCCCAGGCCGACCGAGCGCUGGUCCUCGCGCUAUGGAAGAAGAUGAGCAGCAAUGUCGGAAUCUACGUGACCGAGGCCCUGGAGAGGACCUUCGCGGCUUUCCCCUCCACCAAAACCUACUUCCCACACUUGGACCUGAGGCCAGGCUCUAGCCAGCUUAAAGCCCAUGCCCAAAAGGUGGCCGAGGCACUGACUCUCGCUGCCUGGACGCUGGACGACGUGCCCGCUUCUCUGUCUGCUCUCAGCGAUCUGCACGCGCACAAGCUCCGCGUGGACCCCGUCAACUUUGAGUUCUUCAGCCACUGUCUGCUGGUAACUCUUGCCCGGCACUAUCCUGGAGACUUCAGCCCGCAGAUGCACGCCUCCCUGGACAAGUUUCUGAGCCAUGUGACUUCGGCACUGGUCUCCAAGUAUCGCUGA